UGUAAAGAUGUCGCACGAGCAUCGUCUCCCCCCGCAUUUCUCUCCUGUCCUUCAUUUGGAUUUUUGCCGGUGUCCCUAACGGUGCCCCCCCUCCCCCGGUCAUCCCUCCUCACCACGGGGCUGUUAAAACCCUCAUCCCCUCUCUCUCUCUCGCUCACUCUCUCACUCCAUCUCUUUCUCCGUCUCUCCACCCCUCUCUCGCUCCCUCUCUUUCUCGUCCUCCGCCGCAGAACUCCGCCGUCCGACCAUCAGGUGACCGCGCGGAGCGGAGGAUUCAUCUGCACCGUCGUCGUUUUACAUCCCUCCACUUCUUCGGACUCCCAGAGACCGGAGCUGCCGCAGCACCGCUCUCCCCCUCCUCCUCCUUCCCCCCCUCAGCAUCCUCUCAUCCGGUCUGGGACGCUCACCGCUCAACACACGCGCAAGAUUAGCGGGGAUUCUGCCUCCCCGCCCGCGCGCGCGCCGAUGCUGAUGUCCUUGAGCUCGGCCUGCACGGUUCUGGUAGUGAAGCAGUAGCUACCUCUAAACUGGAUCCACUUCCUGUCUCUGGCUGGUCGGCCGUCUCUGCGCAGCUCGCUCUGCUUCCCGUCUGUUUGUCAUUUCUUCAUUCCCGUCUGUGAGUCCGUCAGCCCGUCCACCCGUCCGUCCAUGGACUGGCCGUGACCCUGGAGGGAACGAGGAAAGAGUGGAGUCGCAGGGGGUACGAAGGAAGAGAAAGCUGGAUUUGUUCAGUCUUCAAGCUUCUGAAGUGCUCCUGCUCACUAUCCUUCAUCUCCCUCGUCAUCCUUCACCAACACGUCCCUCUGUUAUGGAGAUUUGAAGGAGCUGUGGGUGGGAGAACAUGAAACCUGCUCUUUUGUAAAGUAAAAAAAACAGGGGCUUGGGCAUAUAAUUUUAUUCAUAUAUUUUUGAUUUAAAUUUAGAGCACAUGAACACACCCUCAGCAACCAAACGAAGGAGGACCUGACCAGAUAACAGAAAAGAGACUAACUGACAUGUCAACAACAGCCACCAUGGGGGACAUGGCAAACAGCGCUGUGGAGUUUUAUCCCAAAGGGUCUCGAGGCAGUACUGCAGGAGGCAGAAGGGCAGAUGGCAGCCAUGCAGGGGGAGACUUUGGGGUCACGGUGAAGGAGCUCAGGGAGCUGAUGGAACUCAGAGGCGCCGACGCCCUACAGAAGAUCCAGGAUAGCUACGGAGACACAGAGGGCCUGUGCCAGAGACUACAGUCCAACAUCACUGACGGUCUCAGUGGGGAUCCGGGAGACCUGGAACGUCGAUGCCAAACUUAUGGCCAAAACUUUAUCCCCCCGAAGAAACCCAAAACCUUCCUUGAGCUUGUGUGGGAAGCUCUGCAGGACGUCACGCUCAUCAUCUUGGAGGCUGCCGCCAUCAUUUCCCUCGGCCUGUCUUUCUACCAGCCUCCCAAUAAGGAAAGCGAAAUGUGUGGGGAAAGCGCUGGUGGGGCCGAGGACGAAGGGGAGGCAGAUGCCGGCUGGAUUGAGGGCGCUGCCAUCUUGCUAUCUGUGGUGUGUGUAGUUUUGGUGACGGCGUUCAACGACUGGUCCAAAGAAAAGCAGUUUCGGGGUUUGCAGAGUCGCAUCGAGCAGGAGCAGAAGUUCACUGUGGUGCGGAAAGGAAAUGUCAUCCAGAUCCCCGUGGCUGACAUGGUGGUGGGUGACAUAGCUCAGGUCAAAUACGGGGACCUUCUACCUGCUGAUGGCAUCUUGAUCCAAGGCAAUGACUUGAAAAUAGAUGAAAGCUCCCUGACAGGAGAAUCUGACCACGUACGCAAAUCAGCGGAUAAGGACCCCAUGCUGCUCUCAGGUACUCAUGUGAUGGAGGGCUCGGGCAGGAUGCUAGUCACGGCUGUGGGUGUCAACUCGCAGACGGGCAUCAUCUUCACCCUGCUGGGGGCGGGAGAGAUGGAAGAAGAUGCUAAAGAGAAGAAAGAUGACAGUACUCAGUUGCUCAUCUCCACUGAUGCCAGUAACAGCACAGUCACCAAUGGAAAACAGCCCGAUGGAACGGUGGAGAACAAUCAGAACAAAGCUAAGAAACAGGAUGGGGGUGUUGCCAUGGAGAUGCAACCCCUGAAGAGCGCAGAGGGAGGGGAGGUGGAGGACAGAGAGAGAAAGAAAACCAACGUUCCAAAGAAAGAGAAGAGCGUGCUGCAGGGCAAGCUCACCAAACUGGCCGUUCAGAUUGGCAAAGCAGGUUUGGUCAUGUCCGCCAUUACUGUCAUCAUCCUCGUGCUGUAUUUUGUCAUCAACACGUUUGUUGUUAAAGGUCGUUCAUGGUUGGCCGAGUGCACCCCAAUAUACGUCCAAUAUUUCGUGAAGUUUUUCAUCAUCGGAGUCACUGUGCUGGUGGUGGCUGUCCCAGAGGGCUUACCUCUCGCUGUCACCAUCUCUUUGGCUUACUCAGUCAAGAAAAUGAUGAAGGACAACAACCUUGUGCGGCAUCUGGAUGCAUGCGAGACAAUGGGCAAUGCCACGGCCAUCUGCUCCGACAAGACCGGAACCCUCACCACCAACCGGAUGACUGUGGUCCAGGCUUACAUCGGUGACGUCCACCAUCGCGUGAUUCCAGACCCCGGACUGGUCAACCCUCGAACGCUUGAUCUGUUGGUGCACGCCAUCGCCAUCAACAGCGCCUACACCUCCAAGAUCUUACCACCUGAUGUGGAGGGGGGUCUGGCUAAGCAGGUGGGCAACAAAACAGAGUGUGGCCUGCUGGGAUUUGUAUUAGACCUUCAGCAUGAUUACGCCCCUGUCAGAGAGCAGAUCCCUGAGGAGAAGCUGUACAAGGUUUAUACUUUCAACUCUGUGCGUAAAUCCAUGAGUACGGUGAUCAGACUGCCAGAUGGUACAUUCCGUCUCUACAGCAAAGGAGCUUCUGAGAUUAUGCUUAAAAAGUGUUCCUACAUUCUUGACGCCAACGGAGAACCACGCAGUUUCCGCCCACGUGACAGAGAUGAGAUGGUCAAGCAGGUCAUUGAGCCAAUGGCAUGCGAGGGGCUGAGGACCAUCUGCAUUGCAUAUCGUGAUCUGUCACCUAACCCGGAGCCAGAUUGGGAAAACGAGGCAGAAAUAGUGACGGAGUUGACGUGCAUCAGUGUGGUUGGGAUAGAGGACCCUGUGCGACCUGAGGUACCCGAGGCCAUCCGAAAGUGUCAACGCGCCGGCAUCACGGUCCGGAUGGUGACUGGUGACAACAUCAAUACAGCCAGGGCUAUUGCUGCCAAGUGUGGCAUCAUACAUCCUGGAGACGACUUCAUCUGUCUCGAGGGGAAAGAAUUCAACAGACGAAUCAGAAAUGAGAAAGGAGAGAUCGAACAGGAGCGCAUUGAUAGAAUCUGGCCCAAGCUGCGAGUUCUGGCUCGAUCCUCACCGACUGACAAGCACACGCUGGUUAAAGGGAUCAUCGAUAGCAGCGUUGUGGAGCAGAGGCAGGUUGUCGCAGUUACAGGGGACGGCACUAAUGACGGGCCGGCUUUGAAGAAAGCUGAUGUGGGCUUCGCCAUGGGCAUCGCAGGGACAGACGUGGCCAAAGAGGCGUCCGACAUUAUUCUGACUGACGACAACUUCAGCAGCAUUGUCAAAGCGGUUAUGUGGGGACGAAAUGUGUAUGACAGCAUAUCCAAGUUCUUGCAAUUCCAGCUCACGGUCAACGUCGUGGCUGUCAUCGUGGCCUUCACCGGGGCCUGCAUCACUCAGGACUCCCCAUUAAAGGCGGUCCAAAUGCUUUGGGUGAAUCUUAUUAUGGACACAUUUGCUUCUCUGGCACUGGCCACCGAACCCCCCACCGAAGCCCUCCUGCUGCGCAAACCAUACGGCCGAAACAACCCACUCAUCUCACUGACCAUGAUGAAGAACAUCCUGGGCCACGGAGUCUACCAGCUGAUUAUCAUUUUCACCCUCCUGUUUAUAGGCGAGCGCAUGUUCAACAUCGACAGUGGUCGCAACGCUCCGCUCCACUCACCCCCCUCGGAACACUACACUAUAAUAUUCAACACCUUUGUCCUCAUGCAACUUUUCAAUGAGAUUAAUGCCCGCAAGAUUCACGGAGAGAGAAACGUCUUUGAUGGCAUAUUUUCGAAUCCCAUCUUCUGCUCCAUCGUCCUGGGAACCUUUGCCGUGCAGAUUGUGAUUGUUCAGUGGGGAGGAAAGCCCUUCAGCUGUGCUCCUCUCAACAUGGAGCAGUGGCUCUGGUGUCUGUUUGUGGGAGUUGGAGAGCUCCUCUGGGGGCAGGUGAUUGCCACGGUGCCAACGGAGCGGCUGCCAUGUCUGAAGGAGGCGGGGCUUGGCCUGGAGCCUGGGGAGGAGGAAGGAGAGGAGCUGGCAGAGGAUGAGGAGGAGAUCGACUGUGCUGAAAGGGAGCUCCGCCGCGGACAGAUCCUCUGGUUCAGAGGCCUGAAUAGAAUCCAGACCCAGAUGGAGGUAGUGAGCACAUUCAAGCGAAGCGGUUCCUUUCAGGGAGCGGUGAGACGGCGUUCCUCAGUGCUCAGUCAGCUCCACGACGUAAACACUAUCUCUACCCCCUCUCACGUAGCUCUCUCCACCGCAACAGCCAAUACCAGCCCAGCUCCUGGGAAUGCGAGUGGUGAAAGCGUUCCGUAGUUCCCUGUACGAAGGCCGGGAGAAGCCGGAAUCCCGCAACUCCAUCCACAACUUCAUGGCCCACCCGGAGUUCCUCAUCAACGACCUCAUCCACAACAUCCCGCUGAUCGACGACACCGACGUGGACGACGAAUCAGAGCUCAGCAGAUACCAGCACC